AUGGCUGCAGGACCUAUUGCUGAAAGGAAUCAAGAUGCUACCAUCUAUGUGGGUGGCCUUGAUGACAGAGUUAGUGAGAGUUUACUGUGGGAGUUGUUUGUACAAGCUGGACCUGUGGUUAAUGUUCAUAUGCCAAAAGAUCGAGUAACUCAAACUCACCAAGGUUAUGGAUUUGUGGAGUUUAUGGGUGAAGAAGAUGCUGAUUAUGCAAUUAAAGUGAUGAAUAUGAUAAAACUAUAUGGAAAGCCGGUGAGGGUGAAUAAAGCAUCAGCCCAUCAAAAGAAUCUUGAUGUGGGUGCAAAUGUGUUCAUUGGUAACUUGGAUCCUGAAGUUGAUGAAAAACUUUUGUAUGAUACAUUCUCUGCUUUUGGAGUAAUUCUGCAAACACCAAAGGUUAUGCGAGAUCCAGAAACGGGUAACUCGAAGGCGUUUGCAUUUAUAAACUUUGCGUCGUUCGAAGCAUCAGAUGCAGCUAUAGAGGCAAUGAACAAUCAGUAUCUCUGCAAUCGGCCAAUAUCAGUCUCAUAUGCAUUUAAGAAAGAUGUUAAGGGAGAAAGGCACGGAUCAGCGGCUGAAAGGUUGCUGGCGGCGCAAAAUCCCUUAUCACACGCAGACCGACCUCAUCAGUUGUUCGCGGACGCACCUCCAACAAUCUUGGGGUCAAUGAUGAUGGCGCCACCGCCGCCGCCGACGCCAUCCCCAAUGCCGCCACCAGGACCCCCAAUGAACGCCAGACCCCCACCCCCGUUACCGAUGUCUGCUCCCCCACCUCCCCCCACUUCGAUGCCCCCGCCAGGCCCACCUCCACCACCAGGUCCGCCACCACCACCGCCUCCGUUCCAUCACUUCCCCCCACCACCGUUCGGACCUCCUGGUUUUGGCCCCCCACCGCCACCGGGGGCCAGACCCCCGCCCCCAUGGAGACCCCCUCCACCGCAAUUCAGACCGCAGUUCCCCCCGCGUGGACCUCCGCCGUUUGGUCAUCCGCCCUUUCCACACCAUCCCCCGGAACCAAAUUAUAAUUAUUAA